GUGACUUUCAGCUGCACUGAAGUAGUAAGGAGGGCUAUUAAAGGACAGAAAUUCAGGCUGCCGUUCCCGCGAUCUUACCUCUGAAGUUAUGGCCUUCAUCGCUAAGACCUUCUACGAUCUCCGUGCGACGACCCUGCAGGGGGAGUCCGUCGAUUUCAACAUCUACAGAGGGCGGGUGGUCCUGAUCGAGAAUGUGGCCUCCCUCUGAGGAACAACCACCCGGGACUACGGUCAGCUCAACGAGCUGCAGGCCAGAUACCCCCACCGCUUUGUAGUCCUGGGCUUUCCAUGCAACCAGUUCGGGUACCAGGAGAAUUGCACCAAUGGGGAGAUCCUGAACUCGCUUAUGCACGUGCGCCCUGGGGGAGGAUUCCAGCCGACCUUUACUUUAUUUGAGAAAUGUGACGUGAAUGGAUCAAAUACGCAUCCGGUGUUCGCUUACCUGAAAGACAAACUUCCCUAUCCCGAUGACGAGCCUACUACCCUGAUUCAAGAUUCCAGGUUUCUCAUCUGGAGUCCAAUCAACAGGACAGACGUCUCCUGGAACUUCGAGAAGUUUUUAAUCGGCCCGGAAGGAGAGCCAUUUAAACGAUACAGCAAAAAUUUUAAGACGAUCGACAUCGAGCCAGACAUCCAAAGACUUUUAAAACUAACCAAAAAUUAGGAGACGCAAAUCUUUGUUACUUGUCUUAAUUUUUCAGUUAUGACAAAUUACUGAUGGCAUUUCCGUUCUUUUGAGAUUUAUUAUAUGAAGAUAAUAUUCUAAACUAAAUUGGGAAUAAUGUCCGAAGCUCUAUAAAGACUCAAGAGAUAUGGAGUAUGCCAUUGGUACACUUUAUGUAUUCUCCUUUUAAUUUGACAAUAAACAUC